GCUCCGGGGUGAUAGCUAGGCCCAGCUCCUAAAAUAAAUAUUGGACAUUAGAAAUAUUUAAUAAUAUUAUUCGUAAAAGACUUCACGAGAGAUUAUAUAAAUCAGAACUGAAAAUUUGUAAAUUUCAAGCUUGAUACGAUGGUGAAUGCUAAUUAGCGUCUAGUCACUAAUUUCAUUUUAGAAAGUACAUUCGCAUAAUGAUCUACAUAUUUUACUAUAUAUCUUCACACUGUUUCUUCAGAUAAAAUUGAAUUUUUAAAACUAAGUUCUACUCAAGUCAAUUUUGUAAUUAUGUGCAGUGAAGGACUUUUAAGAUAAUUAGGUCAACGGCAUUUAAAAAAAUGUUCAGGGAUAAGAAUACAAUAACGUUUCAUGAUAAUUUUAUUGAAUUAAUCGUAUGAAAGCAAGCAUUAGGAAAAUAAAAUAACAAUAAACGUUAUAUUUCGAGGUAUAUUAUCGUUCGUUUUCUACUGGUCUUAUCCCUCUGUCGACGUACGCUGUAUCAUCUGAUUAGAUAAAGAGGGCUUGGUACCGCGUCGAAAACAACCAGCACGCUUUUAUUUCAAUUAGUUCACCUGUUCCAAGCGUGAAGAGUUCAUAUAGAAAAAGUAAUCAUGGUGUCUUUAGAAACUAUUGCGGGUAUAGCGAUAAAAGUGCUUAAACUGGUUAUUAAUCUCAUAAUCCUGAUCCUGUAUCGAACAGGAUACCAAGGGGAAUUCCUGGGUGUUGGAGGAACAUGGAACUUAAACGAAGACAAAAAUCCGGACGCAGAAAUCGUUGCGUCUGGAGUCUUAGUGGGAUUUUUCAUAUACACCAGCGUUGUUCUAAUUACUUAUUGCUUUGGCAACUCGUCUCACAAAAAGACGCUUGUUGAAAUUAUAAUGAACUUCGUUGGAACCUUCAUGUUCAUCGCUGUAGGUGGCACAGCACUCCAUUAUUGGCACGGAUAUCAAUCAGAAAAUAAAUUCGAUACGAUUGUCCAGGAACGACAGGUCGGCCUAGCUGUUGGAUCGUUGUGCGUUAUCGAGGGUGCAGCGUAUCUCGUCGAUCUAAUAUUAAGCGUUCUACAUUUUGCGAAAAGCCACGAUGAAUAUUUAGAAUAAAGUCACGUUUCACGCAACAUAUAGAAUAGUAGUCUCGCCACAUUUUUUUUCAAACGAUGUCAUAACAGAAAGAUAAUCAAAUCCUCCGACGUUUGAAAUAACAGUUCAGUAUGCGUCUGUCAUUAAAUUAAAUUAAAGAUUAGAUUACAUUUUUUAUAAUUACAAUUUUGUACUUGAAUUAUCGACAAGAUGUACUACUACAUAUACAAUCUAUAUUAUAAAUAGUAAAAUAUAGAAAA